GCAGGUAAAAGGCAGGAGAAAAUCAAGAAGAGAUUUCAAGCUGGAAAUAGAGUAUGCGGAACACAAGGAUAGGUUACAUGACAAGGUGAAGGGGAUCAUUUUUCCAUUCAGAAAAAGAGGGAAAUAUUUGGAAGUCUGUGGGGAAGAAAAGGUCAAUUGGUUACUUAAAUAGGGCAGACAGCAAUGCAGAACUCCCAAUGGGAGGAAAGAAACAGGUGAAAUCAAAGCACCACUAAACAAGGGACCACACACAUUUUUGACUUCCUCAAGCAUAUCGGUGGAUUGCAAAAGUAUAGGUGAUUAUGUAGAAGAGGAUCCAAACUGGAAUAAAGGCAUACAAAUGCUACUAAUGUAACAAAAUCUUUGGUCAGAAUAUCUCCUUUCCACACAGGACAGAUGCCCUAUAAGUGCUCCCAAUGUGGUAAAUGCUUUACCAAGCAAAAUAAUUCACACAGGAGAGAAACUAUAGGAGCGUCCAGUUUGUGAAAAAAAGUUCCCCUGUAAAUUACUAUCUGGUAAAACACAAGAUGACUCACACCGGAGAGAAACCUUUUGAAUUUUUGGAUUGUGGGAAACGUUUCAGUUUCAGUUCCAAACUAGUAAAACACCAGAAGACUCACACAGGAGAGAAAACCUUUGCAUGUCCGGAUUGUGGGAAAUGUUACAGGCAGAAUUCCAGCCUGGUGACACACCGGAGGACUCACACUGGAGAGAAACCCUUUGAAUGUCCUGAGUGUGGGAAAUCUUUCAUAGAUAAGUCCAGCCUAGUGAGCCACCAGACGACACACACAGGAGAGAAACCAUAUGAGUGUGCACUCUGUGGGAAAAGUUUCAGCAAGAAUUCCAACCUGGUGAACCACCAGAGGAAUCAUACAGGAGAGAAACCCUUUAAAUGUUCGGAUUGUGGGAAACGGUUCAGUUUCAGUUCUAAACUGGUAAGACAUCAGAGGGCUCACACAGGAGAGAAACCUUUUGAAUGUCUGGAUUGUGGGAAAUGUUACAGCCAGAGUUCCAGCCUGGUGACACACCAGAGGACUCACACUGGAGAGAAACCCUUUGAAUGUCCUGAGUGUGGGAAAUCUUUCAUACAUAAUUCCAGCUUGGUGAGCCACCAGAUGACGCACACAGGAGAGAAACCGUAUGAGUGUGCACUCUGUGGGAAAAGUUUCAGCAAGAAUUCGAGCCUGGUGAACCACCAGAGGACUCAUACAGGAGAGAAACCCUUUGAAUGUCUGGACUGUGGGAAAUGUUACAGCCAGAGUUCCAGCCUGGUGAUACAUCAGAGCACUCACACAGGAGAGAAACCCUUUGCAUGUCCGGAUUGUGGGAAAUGUUACAGCCAGAAUUCCAGCCUGGUGACACACCGGAGGACUCACACAGGAGAGAAACCCUUUGAAUGUCUGGAUUGUGGGAAACGUUUCAGUUUCAAUUCCAACCUGGUAAUACAUCAGAGGACUCACACAGGAAAGAAACCAUUUGAAUGUCUGGACUGUGGGAAAUGUUACAGCCAGAGUUCCAGCCUGGUGAUACACCAGAGCACUCACACAGGAGAGAAACCCUUUGAAUGUCCUGAAUGUGGGAAACGUUUCAGUUUCAGUUCUAUCUUGUUGAGACACCAGAGGACUCACACAGGAGAGAAACCCUUUGAAUGUUCGUAUUGUGAGAAAUCUUUCAGACACAAUUCCACCCUGGUGAUACACCAGAGGACUCAUACAGGAGAGAAAACCUUUGCAUGUCCGGAUUGUGGGAAAUGUUACAGCCAGAAUUCCAGCCUGGUGACACACCGGAGGACUCACACAGGAGAGAAACCCUUUGAAUGUCCGGAUUGUGGGAAACGUUUCAUUGCAAAUUCUCACCUGGGGAAACACCAGAGGACUCACACAGGAGAGAAACCCUUUGAAUGUCCUGAUUGUGGGAAAUCUUUCAUACACUAUUCCAGCUUGGUGAUACACCAGAGGACUCACAAAGGAGAGAAACCCUUUAAAUGUCCUGAUUGUGGGAAAUCUUUCAAUGUAAAUUACUAUCUGGUAAAACACAAGAUGACUCACACCGGAGAGAAACCUUUUGAAUGUUCGGAUUGUGGGAAACGUUUCAGUUUCAGUUCCAAACUAGUAAAACACCAGAGGACUCACACAGGAGAGAAACCCUUUGCAUGUCCGGAUUGUGGGAAAUGUUACAGCCAGAAUUCCAGUCUGGUGACACACCGGAGGACUCACACAGGAGAGAAACCCUUUGAAUGUCCUGAAUGUGGGAAACGUUUCAGUCAGAAUUCCAGCCUAGUGAAACACCAGAAGACUCACACAGGAGAGAAACCCUUUGAAUGUCCUGAUUGUGGGAAAUGUUUCAGUGUUAGUUCCCACCUGGAGAAACACCAGAUGACUCACACCGGAGAGAAACCCUUUGAAUGUCCUGAGUGUGGGAAAUCUUUCAUACAUAAUUCCAGCCUAGUGAGCCACCAGACUACGCACACAGGAGAGAAACCGUAUGAGUGUGCACUCUGUGGGAAAAGUUUCAGCGGGAAUUCCAACCUGGUGAACCACCAGAGGACUCAUACAGGAGAGAAACCCUUUAAAUGUUCGGAUUGUGGGAAAUCUUUCAUACUCUAUUCCAGCCUGGUGAUACACCAGAGGACUCACACAGGAGAGAAACCCUUUGAAUGUCCUGAAUGUGGGAAACGUUUCAGUUUCAGUUCCAUUCUGUUGAGACAUCAGAGGACUCACACAGGAGAGAAACCCUUUGAAUGUCCAGAUUGUGGGAAACAUUUCAGUUUCAGUUCCAACCUGGUAAGACAUCAGAGGACUCACACAGGAGAGAAAACAUUUGAAUGUUCAGAUUGUGAGAAAUCUUUCAGACACAAUUCCACCCUGGUGAUACACCAGAGAACUCACACAGGAGAGAAACCCUUUGAAUGUCCUGAUUGUGGGAAAAGUUUCAGUCAGAAUUCCCACCUGGUGACACAUCAGAGGACUCACACAGGAGAGAAACCCUUUGAAUGUCCAGAUUGUGGGAAAUGUUACAGCCAGAGUUCCAGUCUGGUGACACACCAGGAGACUCACACUGGAGAAAAGCCCUUUGAAUGUCCUGAUUGUGGGAAAGGUUUCAAGAAAAGUUCUAACCUGGUGAAACACCAGAGUACACACACAGGAGAGAAAUCCUUUGAAUGUCCUGAUUGUGGGAAAAGUUUCAGUCAGAAUUCCCGCCUGGUGACACACCAGAGGACGCACACAGGUGAGAAACCCUUUGAAUGUCCUGAUUGUGGGAAAUGUUUCAGUUUCAGUUCCAACCUGGUGAGACACCAGAGGACUCACAAAGGAGAGAAACCCUUUAAGUGUCCAGAUUGUGGGAAAUCUUUCAAUGUGAAUUUCAACCUGGUGAGACAUCAGAGGACGCAUACAGGGGAGAAACCGUAAAAGUGUCCAGAUUUUGGAAAAGAUUUCAGUAUUAGUCACACAGGGGAAAAACAUUUGAAAUAUCCAAUCUGUGAAUGAUUCUUCAGGUGUAAGUCAUCUCUUAUUGCACACAAGGAAGUGCACAUGAAGCAAACAAUGAUGAGUUUAGAGAAAUGUUGAAUUUCAUUUCUGAUUUCCCAUUGAAGAGUAUAAGUGAGAAAUUGACUACUUCAGUUCUGGCUUGAUUCUUUUUAGUCAACAGAUCUCCGGAUUAAACCUGAAGGUGGAGCAAAAAAAUAUGGAAAAUAUUAGUUUGAUAUAGACUAACUACCUAUUUCUGAUUAUCAGCAGUAGUUUCUGGAUGUUUCUGUUUGCAGAAGAUGUGAAAUUCCCCGGCUAGUGUAGAGUUAAUCUUUGGGAUACAACUGUAAUGGUACCUACCGAUUAUGGUUGGGAGACUGCUUUGCUUAACUACCCCUGUCCCUGCUGUUCCUGAUGCAGCCUUUAAAUGAAUGUGCAAGUCAUUCAACAACACUGGCUGCCUCACUGUUGGGGGAAACUCUUGGUAGUCCUGGUAGUCCUCGAUUUACAGCUGUAAUUUAGCCUGCAAUUAUAGUCGUAAAUCAAGAGGGUCAUUAAUGGGUCAUCACACAAUGUGCUCCGUUUUAUAACCUAUUUUGUGGCAGCACAGAAGGAAGUGCACAUGAGGCAAACAUUGAUGAGUUUAGAGAAAUCUUGAAUUUCAUUUCUGAUUGGGAGUUUAGAAAUUCUGGCCUGAUUCUUUUUAGUCAAUACAUCUUAGAAUUAGACUUCUGGUGUAGAGGGAAAAAAAUGGAAAUUAUUAACUUGAUAAAGGCUAACGAGCUGUUUCUAAUUAUCAGCAGACGUUUCUAGAUGUUUCCUUUUAUAGAACUUGUGGAAUUCCUCAAACAGGGUUUUCUGUAGUAGAGUUUUGUGUGGUGUUUUUUGUAUAUUGAUUAU